AUGGAUAAACCAUUCCUAGCAAAUUUAACAGCAACAAUUUUCGAACUAAUAUGGUACAGAAGAAACAAGAAAAAUCAUGAACAUUUCACCUACGAGUUAACAUAUGAAAGAGUACUCAAGAGAUUCAAGUUAAUCUGCACAGCAGCAUGGGAAAGUAAAGUUCAAUUGGAUCAUUUAAUUCAUAAUUUCUCAUUCUAUGCAGUAAAAAUGGACCCAAUUAAAUUAAAUGCUAAACUUAUGGACAAUCUCGAAUUUGAUAGAGAUGGUUAUGUUUUUGGUACUUUAGAAUUAACUUUUGAUGCUAGAUCAGGUGGUGAUGUAUACUAUUCAUGUGCCAAUGUUCGUUUCCAAAAUACAACUGCUGCUGCUAAAAGUAAAGGUCAAAAAAUCAAAGUUGAAUCAACUUUAACUCUUACUGACGGUAAAGGUAACCAACGUGGUGAUAUUGAAUCUGAUGGUAAAGCAACUGAACUCAUCGUCCCAGAUUUAAUCAGUCACGAAGCUAAAGUAGACUCUGAAGAUAUUUACCUUUUAAUUGAUAUAUUGAAAAUAAAAAAUAUAGGAUUUACACAAUAA